AUAGUUUUGUCUUAUUGACUUUCCGAAACCGUCAUUGUUCUUGUCUCUCUCCUUUGCCACUUUGCCACCAUGACUAAUUACUAUUAUGGGAAACAAAAAGACGCUUCAGUUUUUCCAGAAAAAAAGUAGAUCUAUUUGUCUUCUUUGCUUGAAAUCUCUCUGAUUCAUGCAUAAAGCUUGCAUCUUUCUAGUCUUUAACAUGUUUGGAGUCGUAGUUUUGAUUUAAGGAGCUCUGUUUAGCGAAGAUCAAACAUGGUGGGUACUAAUCAGUUUUCAUUUUCGAAGCCGAGAGAGACGCCUUGGAAUUUAAGGUCACGUAGCAGGAGCAUUACUCAAGAAGAACUUGCCAAGCGUCCUGACCCAUUCUGUCUACCGAAUCUCCUUGAUGGGCUUGAAGAUGGUUUAUACGGACGUCUUGCUGAUGAUGUAAAGAGACUUUGUAAGCUGAGACAGGAAUAUUUGAAUGGUUCCAUCUCAUUGGAAGAUAUCGAAGCUAGACAAGACAACAAACGAGCCAAGUCUUCUCAUAAUCUUAUCAUCGAUUCAGAUGACGAGUUGCCUCAAGAAUCACCUCUAGAAAAAAGGCUGAAGAAGCUCAAGGAAGUGAUUGUUGUGAAGAAUGGAGAUAGCUCAGGAUCUGACUCGAGUCCACAAGGUUAUGACGAGGAGGAUUCAUCGAGGAAUUCUACUGAUAUUGACAAUCAAAGUCUAUAUGUGGAUGCAGAAGAAGAAGAAGAACUUUGGAGGAAGAUGGCUUUUGCUCAAGAAUCAAUUAAGGUAACGGUGGAGGAUUCACAAAGUAAUGAUCACAAACAAAUCGAAGACUGUGACCAUUCCUUCAUUUGCAAGGACGAUAUUGGAGAAGUGUGUCGUGUUUGUGGACUUAUCAAGAAACCAAUUGAGAGCAUGAUUGAGGUUGUGUUCAACAAGCAAAAGAGAUCGAGGAGAACUUAUAUGCGUGAAAAAGAAAAUGGGGAAACGAGCAGGGAUUUCUCAGGAAUCCAGUCUUCUCAUACAAACAUUUUGGGAGAAAAAAUGUUCAUUCACCCAUGGCAUGAUCAGGAGAUGAGGCCUCACCAGACUGAAGGAUUUAGAUUUUUAUGUAACAACCUUGCAGCAGAUGAGCCAGGUGGAUGCAUAUUAGCUCAUGCUCCGGGAUCAGGCAAGACAUUUCUGCUCAUCAGCUUUCUGCAGAGUUUCAUGGCUAUGGAUCCGCAGGCUAGACCAUUGGUUGUGCUACCAAAGGGGAUCAUAGAGUCAUGGAAGAGAGAGUUUACUUUGUGGGAAGUUGAGAAGAUUCCCCUGCUUGAUUUCUACAGCGUGAAAGCAGAAUCACGGAAGCAGCAACUGAAGGUUUUGGGGCAAUGGAUCAAGGAGAGAAGCAUUCUGUUUCUUGGUUACCAACAGUUUACGAGGAUCAUCUGCGAUGAUAACUUUGAGGCAGCUUCAGAAGAUUGUAAGCUGAUAUUGCUUGAGAAGCCAACGUUGCUUAUACUUGAUGAGGGUCAUACCUCAAGGAAUAAGGAGACCUACAUGCUUAGUUCGCUUGCUCGUGUCAAGACUCGUCGAAAGGUGGUUCUCACAGGUACCUUGUUCCAAAACAACGUUGAAGAAGUGUUUAACAUUUUGGAUCUUGUUCGUCCCAAGUUCUUGAAGCGCCCUGGAACUCGGGAGAUUGUUUCUCGUAUCAUGAGCAAGGCAGAGAUACCAAGAGGAAAACAGGUGAACCAGAGUAGUAGUAGUAUCGAGGGGACUUUCUUUGCUGCAGUAGAGCUUACAUUACAGAGGAGUACAAACUUUUCUGCCAAAGCCAGCUUGAUAAAGGAUCUACGCGAAAUGACCCGUAAUAUCUUGCAUUAUCACAAAGCAGAUUUUAGCGGCUUGCUUCCGGGGCUUAGUGAGUUCACUGUCAUGCUCAACCUGAGCUCAAUUCAGAGAGAUGAAGUAAAAGGUCUGAGGAAAAUGGAACUGUUCAAGCAGAUCUCUCUUGGUGCUGCUUUGUAUAUACACCCAAAGCUCAAAUCUUUCUUGGAGGAAAACCCUUCCAACGGGGAAAAGGGUUUUUCUGAUAACAAUACAACAGUUAUGAAGCUGGACAAGAUGCUGAAAAAGAUCAAUGUGAGAGAUGGGGUGAAGAUGAAAUUCUUCCUCAACCUCUUAGCUCUGUGUGAAUCAACAGGAGAGAAGCUCUUGGUGUUUAGCCAAUACAUUGUUCCAAUAAAGACUCUCGAGAGACUCAUGAGCUCAAUGAAAGGUUGGCGUUUAGGGAAAGAGAUGUUCACAAUCACAGGUGAUUCAAGCAAUGAACAGAGAGAAUGGUCAAUGGAGAGAUUCAACAAUUCACUAGAGGCUAAAGUGUUUUUCGGAUCGAUCAAAGCUUGUGGGGAAGGAAUAUCACUAGUGGGUGCAUCACGGGUUCUGAUUCUUGAUGUUCAUCUGAACCCAUCAGUGACUCAGCAAGCCGUGGCUCGAGCUUAUAGACCAGGACAGAAGAGGAAAGUAUAUGCGUACAAGCUCGUAGCUGCGGAUUCACCAGAGGAAGAGAACUACGAAACAUGUACGCGUAAAGAGAUGAUGUCGAAGAUGUGGUUCGAGUGGAAUGUUGGAUCAGGAAGAGAGGAUUUUGGGUUUAGAGCCAUUGAUGCUGAUCACUCCGGUGAUGCGUUUCUUGAAACGACCAAGAUGAAGGAAGAUAUCAAGUGUUUAUACACAAAGGUAAACUGAUUUGAUAACCGAUUAUAACCGGUUUAAACCGGAUAUUUCGUUUGGUCAAUUAGAUGAUAACAUAAUAUUUUCAUACUUUUUUAAGUUUUUAUAUUUUGUAGACAUUUGGGUUUAAGAGAUGAACCGAAUUGAAAUUGAAUCUCGUUUGAUGGUUCAACGAGAUUCCGGUUUCUAUUGGUUGUUUUCUUUUGAAUCUGAAACACUUUUCUAGU